AUGCCGGUGAAAAGGGAUGACGCCGAGGCUGCUCUGGCAAUCCUGAACCGGCUUCAGACUGAAUCUGAAAAGGACUCUCCUGUAGCACUAGCUGCUACUCGUGUUGCAAAUAUCUUCCAGUCACGCCUUUACAAUGCCUUGCUAGAUAUUCAGGAGUACUACGAACUCCAUCUGAACAACAAAGACACCCCACAACAGGACCCCGAAUUCGACAUCUUCAGAAUAACGCUGGAAAAGAGCGAAUCUGGCUUAGGAUUUUCUAUUACAGGCGGUAUCGACUCUCCAGUUGACACUGGCGACAUUCAUAUUUAUAUUUCUAAAAUCAUUCCCGGCGGAGCUGCUGAACAACAAGGACAACUAAGACCUGGCGAUGCUGUGCUGGCUAUCAACAACAUUGAUUGCCGUACGGUUACUCACGGAACAUGUGUUGACAUUCUACGGAGCUCAGGAUCAUCAGUAGAACUUUCAAUCGGCCGCAGAAGGCCACAACUAAGCUCAACUCUGCUCCCCAAACCAGAGCUCCUUCAAUCGUCCUCUGAGAACAUCCUGGCAAGCUCAAACUCAACGAUUAACGAUGCUACGACGGAGCUGAUAACAGUCAAGCUCCAAAGAGCAAGACAGGCCUUGGCUUCUCGAUCGCUGGCGGCGUGGGAAACCAACAUAUCGAAGGAAAUGACGGGAUUUUCAUCACCAAGAUCAUCCCCGGCGGCGCUGCCGCUCAAGAAGGCAGGCUGCAAGCGGGCGAUCGAAUUAUGUUCGGAAACACCCGUACAAGUCGAAUCCUCAGACGAUCACGUUCUUCCAAGUGCUACCUCAAGUUCCAUCUCGUUGACGGAAAACCUCGCCUCGAGUAAAGGGAACAUUCUCGACGUUUCGCGAGUGUCCGACUUUGGAAUCCCUGCUGGAUCAGCUGCUGAUUCCGCAAUCAAACAUGGCUGUGCCGUCUAUGACGGAACACAGGGUAGAAAUCACAUGCCCAGAACAGUGACACUAAAACGAGGAAAAAGUGGUUUUGGCUUCAACAUCGUCGGCGGAGAAGCGGAAAUCGAUCCCGAGUGGAACGACUCUCCACCAGGAAUCUUUGUUUCUUUUGUCCUCGCAGGAGGUCCAGCUGACAGCUCCAAGUCGUUACAAAAGGGAGAUCGAAUUCUCACGGUCAACAGUAACAGCAUAGAAUACGCGUCGCAUCAGGAAGCUGCACUUAUUCUGCGCAAUUCUGGUGAUACUGUGGAACUUGUUGUUCAACAUGAGCCCGAGAACUUCGCUAAAUUCGAGCACCGAAUGCAUGACUUGAGGCAACAGAUGCUGAGCGCCAGUAUAGGCGGAGGGCUACAGACUUCCUCGAAGAAAGAAAUGACAGUGCGCGCAUUGUUCGACUACACAGCUGUUCGCGACUCUGGGCUGCCUUCCAAAGGGCUCAGCUUUCGCUUCGGAGAUAUUAUCCAUGUCACGAAUGCGUCUGACAAAGAGUGGUGGCAGGCAAAUCUGAUGGGAAAGCCAGCUGAGCAGGGCUGUAUACCGUCAAAGGCGCGCGUUGAAAGAAAAGAAAAACUACGAAUGAAGCAAGUCAAAUUUCGUCGCCCAGGUCAGCCAAACGGCGAAGUUAGAAAAAGUCGCGGCCGGCUGAAUGUUCGAGUCAAUGCUCUUUCCUCGAAGUUGAAUCUGAUGAAGUCAAAGGAGAACAUCUGUAGGGAGGAAACUCACAGCAGUUCUAGCGAUGAUGAAUUCGAAAUGGGCGAUGACUGGGUCCUAUCAUAUGAGCCGGUGAAGCAAGUUGAAGUUGAAUAUCCAAGGCCAAUCGUGAUCUUUGGCCCGUUGAAGGAAAAAAUGUCCGACGAGCUAAUAAAGCUUGACGCAUCGAAAUACCAACAAGCGAUUCCGCAUACGACCCGUCCAAAACGAAAUUGCGAAGUGGAAGGUCGAGAUUACUACUUUAUCUCAAAAGCAGAUAUGACCACUCAAAUCGAGAACCGCGAAUUCAUCGAGGCUGGUCAAUUCAGCGAUAACCUCUACGGAACGAGUAUAAAGGCCGUGAUGGAUGUUGCUCAAACGAAUAAGCACUGUAUCUUGGAUGUUUCCGGCGGCGCUUUGCGGCGGCUCUCCGAUGCACAACUUCCGGCAAUUGCAAUCUACAUCAAACCACGCUCUGUUGAAACUUUAAUGGAGUCUAACAAAAGAUUAUCCGAACAGGCGGCGCUUCAAAUAAUCCAACAGUGUCAGCGACUCGAAGCGGAUUACGCCGAACAAUUCACUGCCGUGAUUCAAGCCGAAGACGGAGAAGAGCACGUUCGCGAGCAGGUGCUCGAAAUCGUCGAAUCCUUGAGCGGUACCUCGCACUGGCUGCCGACAGGCGAUAAGCUCUGA